AAUCUCAUUUGAGAUAAUGUUUGCACUACCAUAUCCUCCACAAUACCACAAAUUACAUGCCACGUGGCACAAAUAAAAUCACCUAAUUGAAAGUGAGUAGUCUUUAUUAUUAUGAGAAGAGUAAGUUGUUUUGUUUCCCAUACCAAAAAUCAAAGAAAGAAAAAAUGGCAUCUUCAGUAAUGGCUUCUUUGAGUCUGAAACCAACCCCUUUCACAAUUGAGAAAUCUUCAGUGAAAGGACUUCCUUCAAUUUCAAGGCCCUUCAGAGUUGUGGCCAGUGGUAUCAAGAAGAUUAAGACUGACACACCUUAUGGAACUGGUGGUGGCAUGGACCUUCCCAAUGGACUUGAUGCUUCUGGCAGGAAACAAAAGGGAAAGGGUGUUUACCAGUUUGUGGACAAAUAUGGUGCUAAUGUUGAUGGAUACAGUCCUAUCUAUGAACCCAAGGACUGGUCUGCAACCGGUGACGUCUACGCCGGAGGUACGACUGGGUUGGCUAUAUGGGCAGUAACUCUAGCUGGUCUUCUGGCUGGUGGUGCACUUCUUGUCUACAACACAAGUGCUUUGUCACAAUAGACUUUGCUAAGUUCAUAUUUAAGUUGUAAAAUUAUUCCAUGUAACUCUAAGGAUAUAUUCAUCAAAUACUUGUGGACAUAGUUCCUUCUGUUCUAUAAAUGUUGUAUGGAUUUGAAAAAGAAUCAUCUUUGUUUAUAUAACCAUGCAUCUUCAUAAGGUCA